UCAGUGAUUUUUUUACCAGACUGAUACAGCAUGAAGAUAGAGUAAUGUUUUAAUGUGGGCCUGUGAAGUGAUAAUGGUGUCUGAUAAGAGAUGGGUAGUUGACUGUGGUGUGUGUGUGUCCUCAUUGACAGGAGAUCAUUUUUGGCAUUCCUAUGUACACACUGGUUUUCACUUUUUAGUGAUGCCAUAGCUUGUCUUGGCAAUGUUAUACCCAUCUGGUUGGACCCUAAAGAACCUAUUCAUACAGAUUUCCUUCCAUGACUUCCAAUAUGUGUCAAUAUGUGGUGUUAGGUACAGCACUUACAUGGUAACAGAAAGAGGCACUGUGAUCUCUACAAAAAGGCCACCAUAAUCUGUUACAAUCAGGACAACCAAACAAUAGUAUGUCCUGUUAUGAACAUGCUUGUUUUCUCUUGUAUGAGGGUUUGUAUGACUGCUCUCUCUUGAUAAAUCUUUGCACAAUUAUGUCACAUUUGACUUUCUCCUGUAUAUCUCUCUGUCACACUUUCUCCUAUACUCAGAAUGGUGCUACUCCACUCUAUGUGGCCUGUCAGAAUGGACACAAGCAGACAGUUGACGUUCUGUUGAAGAAUGGAGCAAAUGUUAAUCUGACCAGGACAGUUGAUCUUCUCUCAUCUCCUCUGGGGAUAGCUGCUGGAAAAGGUCACACAGAGAUUGUGGAGAAACUGAUAUCAGCUGGAGCUGUCAUCAACUACCAGAACAAGGUAUGAGAAUUUCAGCCAAUUAGAGAGCCUCUCCUCUAUUCUCUCUCUUCUGGUUUCCAAAAAAUUAUUGCAAGUAACUUCUGCCCUUUAAAACUAGGGGG